CAACCUCCUUGGCUCUUUCUUCCAUCGCCUCCAUCACCUCCAUCCAUCCUUCUCUUCUCCUCCACCCAAAACGACACAUCCGAUCUGCCAUGUCUGACUCUGCUGCUUCCCCAAACCUCGCCGGCGCCUCUCCCCGCGCUGCCGCUGUCAGGAGACGUACAACUACCUCUAAGGCCCAGACCUCCCGUGCACCUGGCCCCAGCACCUCAGGAAUGAUGCGCAUCUACACCGAUGACUCCCCUGGACUCCGUGUUGACCCUGUCGUCGUCCUCGUCUUGUCUCUGGCCUUCAUUGCCUCCGUCUUUGCUCUUCACAUCUACGGAAAGCUGACCCGUGCUUAAUACCGAACGUAAUUGCAUCUCACCGUUAAAGGAUGCCGGCGUUAUUCGACCUUUCAUUCUCCUUUCUUAAAAAUGUACUAUUAUCAAAAUACAACCGUUUUCUGAAUAAACCAUCAAAAAACAUA